AACUCAUUGAAUGAUAGAAGCUAGCACAUAUGGUGUGGAAGGUUCUUUUCUUAUGCAAUUUAGCUCUCUUUGUUUUUCUUUCUUUUGAAGAAGCCAUUGCUGAUGAUGAGCCACAGUUCACGGCUUUAUUUGUCUUUGGGGAUUCACUUAUGGAUCCUGGAAACAAUAACUAUCUGGCAAACUCUUUGGCAAAGGCUAAUUAUGUACCUUAAGGAGUUGAUUUUCAAGGACCCACUGGGAGAUUUUGCAAUGGAAGAACCAUAAUAGAUUAUUUGGGUGAUCUGCUAGGACUUCCACUUAUUCCAGCUUACACAGCUACUAUCACCUUGGGCUGUGAUAUUUCCAAAGGAGUAAAUUAUGCUUCAGCUGCAGCCGAGAUUCUUGACGAGACAGGCCAAAGUCUUGUAUAAUUUGUCAUCAGUCUUUAUCUUCUGAACCUUUAUUUCAUAAUGUUUUUACAAAUUUUGAAUUAUAUCCACAUACACUAAAAUGAAAAUACUACAAUCGUAGUUUAACUAAUUGCAAUAGGUUAAUUACUAUAUUUUCUAGGUUACUAAUCCAAAAUACGUAUGGACGGGUACCUGCUGUAAUGAACUUUGAAAUAACAUGAUAUAUUAUAGGAUAAGUAAUAUUUUACAUAUAUAAAAUGUGAUGAUACUCGCCCAAGUGAGCUAACUCUCAAUUCUUUACCUUUGAGACUUCAAAAAGAAGUCGUAGUGACUUUUUCUCCUAAAAGUUCCCUUGAUAAUUUAUUUGUUGAGGUAUAUAUUACUAAUCAUGCAUUUAAUAGUAUAUAUUCAGAGAAGUCAACACUGUAGUUGAUUUUUUUGUUCAAAUAUGACUAUUCUAACAGUGUUACUAUUGCCAUGUCACAUUUUACUUCACCAUCUUCGUUUGUUUGUGACUAGUGACUACUAUGUUAAUGACCCCUCAAAUCAGUUUAUGAGGAGAAGGGUCACAUCUUGUAACAGUUAAUUAAUAUAUAAGAAUAUAUCUUCUAAAGUAAAAAAUUUAUAAAAUAUUUAUUCUAACAAUUUUUAUGGUGGGAGAUUCUUAGAACAAAAAAUUAUAUAGCUAAACUUAUAACAUUAGUUGUUUUUUGACCAGAGAGAAAGGUUUAGCUUGAAUAAACAAGUUCAAAAUUUUGAAGAUACCUUGAAUAAAUUAAAGGGGUAGAUGGAAGAGCAAGAGUUAAGCCAUUAUCUUGCAAAUUCGUUGUUUGUAAUGACUGUUGGCAACAAUGACUACAUCAACAGCUAUUUGCAACCUUCAUUGUACUCAACGAGUUCGAUUUACAAGCCUAGAGAUUAUGCUGAUCUCCUCAUAAAGCACUACUCUAGGCAAAUAUUGGCACUUCAUGCAUUAGGACUAAGGAAGUUCUUAUUGGGGGGUAUUGGACCACUUGGUUGUAUCCCUAGCCAACUGGGAACUGGUAUUGCUCCACCAGGAAAGUGUGUCUCUGUUGUGAAUGAAAUCAUUGGGAUGUUUAAUUCACAACUUAAGGCUCUUGUUGAUCAGCUUAACAAAGACAACCAUGACUCCAUCUUUGUUUACGUUAAUACUUUUGGAGGACUUACCCACAUAUUCAACAAUGCCUCUGCUUAUGCUCAACAAGAUGGUGAAUUUUAGAGGCUACACUUCCCCCUCAUCCAAACUUAAGUAUCUUAUUAUUGAGAGUAAUGAUGGUGGUGCAGCAGUGCAAACGAAAUUAGUGGUUCAUACUCCCUUAACUGGAUGGUAUGCAGGUUCGUGGCCACCCCUUCGGAACUCGCUUCAUAUGUCAAACUGGACUUCAGAAUGCAAAUCUACUUCAACUCGAACUUCCCAGAUGUGGUCUCUUCAGGCACCCAACCACCGCAAUGCAAAUAUUGCAAGCGCGCUUCCAAGCUUGGGUCGUCGCAUAGUCCGAGGAGAAGUACGCUGGGGAGAGACGAUAGUGUUCGAAGGUGAAUAUUGUCACAUUCUAGGAUAUUGGGAGUGGGCCGAGGAUACACUCAGUAGAAGUCAAGAAGUCUUAAGGGCAGCAGAUAUCUAUGAUGCCAUUUAUGCCUCGCUUUUCACGUAUGAUCGGAAUUCAAAUAUAUUGUAAGCGUUUUGUGAGGCUUGGUGCCCCAAGACGAAUACACUCCUUACAUCUGUCGGGGAACUAUCUAUUUCUUUGUGGGACUUACAUACACUUGGAGGUUUGUCGAUUAGAGGUCAUUUCUAUGAGGAGGUUAUACCUGAAGCUAAGGAACUCACAGGAGUUGACGCGAAAAAUCAGAGAUAUAUUUCACGAGUUUGCGAGUACUUGUUCACCGCUUUUCAUUAUCUUCAAGAGGGCAGAAGCGAUAACCCGAGGGUCUCUUUGAGCAAGUGGAUACAAUUUUGGUACAAAAGAGCUCUAAAGUACCAACCUGCUCCGCCAAGGAGGGAGAAGAAAUUUGCGCGUUUUAAAUCAACACACAACCCUACUGGAGCUAUACCUGAGACGUCCUAAUGGUCAAGAGAGGAAGAAGCUGUAUUUCAUAAACUUAGAGUGAGGCCUGCAAAGAGAGAUGAAACAUAUCUUGCAGCUUUUUUGUCAUGUUGGUUGUGUGCUUUCGUGCUUCCUUCCGAAGAGGGUAAUUUCAUUCGUCCAGGGACUUUUAAGAUUGCGACUAUGAUGGCAGCCAAACGAAAGAUUAGCCUUGCAGUGCCGGUUUUAGCAAGUAUUUAUAGCAAUCUUAAUAAUAUUUCCCGUUCGUCGCGACUUGAUCUUAUCAAAGUCCGUUUUCCAAUCCAUUAUAUUUAUGGUUGGAUUGCUUAUUAUUUCAAGACUCAUUUUGCGCUUGUAAAUGGACCGUCUAAUCCACUGAUGGUGGCAUAUUCGGGAGAGGGUGCCGCACGGUACUUCAAAAAAAAGGAUGCAAGGAAGCGUAUCCAUCAAGGAGAUAAUGUAGCUUGGACUUCAACUAUGUUAAAUAAUUCUGAGCCUUACAGCUACGUUGAUAAUAAUGAUGCACAAGAGCUGGAGCUAAAUUAUUUUAUGAGCGUCCGCUUUGGAUAUCUCUCCUUGAGGGAUGGAAACUCUGUCAUUAUCGAUCCAUAUAGUCCACACCGAUUCAGUCGUCAAUUUGGAUUUCAUCAAAAAAUCCCAGGUGCUUUGGCCAAUAAUUAUCGCAGUGCCUCAUUAGCUGAAGGACUCCAAUUUUGGCGGAUUUGUGUGUUAUCCAGGUCUAUGUCCUGUGCGACUUUCCCUCCUAUUACACCUAAUGUGGAGAAACUCUUUGCCGAUGAUUACAGGACUUGGUGGUCGAAAACACAUGGAAAUUUUCUUGAUGACUACUUCCAAUAUUUGGUGGAUGCAGCUGGGCCAAUCUCUAAUGCGCUUUUAGAGGGUACACAUCAAGGAUGCACCAUUGCAGCCCCAAUGGCUGAUGAUUCUUUCCUUCCGGAGGUCAUAUUGACCGAAAUGCAAAGGCAAGGGGUCUCAGUUACUCAUAAAAGCUCCAACAGAAUGUUUGGAUGAUCAAGGCCACCAAGGUGGCAGAAGCUCAUUUCUGCUGAGUAAGGCUGGUCAAGCUUCUAACAAGAGAUCAUCUCGAGGCGAGAGUGAUAACAGUUAUGAAGAUCGUUGUUGGAGGAAAGUGAGGUCGCGUUCAGAAAAAUUGGAAGAUACCAAUUUGGCAGUGAUCAAGAUUCCUGACAGCGUUGAUAGUCCUUCAAGGACCGUGACAACUCUUAUUAGAAAGGUAUGACCUAAUGUCACGACCCAGCUAGGGGCCACGACGGGUAGCCGGAGCUAGUUACCGAGCACCGCUCACUCUACUACUUAUCUUGCUCAUUUAAUACUCUUUUAUCAAUUUUACAUACCAAUUGUA